GGUGACGCACGUCGCUGCUGCUGGGCUGCGCCGCGGAGCUGCUCCGAUCCUCAGAAUAGUUCCAGAUGUGGCCAUGUUUAGUUUAAAACUUUGAAGUUUCGCUCGACUCAUCAUAAUAUAUUACGACUUUGAUUAUUUUUUGCUCGAGAACAAUACGAAUCUUAUAAGCAAAAAAACAAACCGAUUUUGCCUGCUGUUCACUGCUGCCCGGAUAAACUGAAAAAUUGAGGUGGAAAAGAGUAAAACGAAACGUACACACUUUGCAAAAUGGAGAAGGAGACAUACUAACAGCCGACAUUUUUAUUUUGCAAAAACUUGCAUCGCGCUAAACAAGUACAUACACACGCAGAAUAAUAUAUACGUACAUAUAUGUACGUCCCAGGGAGACAACGACGAUACAUAGUGACGUAUGGCGUAGAAAAACGAGAAAAAGACAAACGUUCGAUCACCAAUCGAUCGUUUUUAUUUCUUCGUAAAAAUAAAUAUUAAAAGAAUAACGAUUAAAAAAUUAUGGCCCUCGAAAGUGUUUCGGCGUCCGAGACUGUAAUUCAAAGCAAUGAUGAUAAUGAUUUGGAGGAUGGAGAGAUACCCUCUGAUGAGGAUGACGAACCAGUUCCGGUUGUUGAAGCAGCUAAACCAGCUUUGGAACCUCCAAAAUCUACAUCAGGAAAGACUGAAUCACCAAAACAAAAAAGCUUUAAUAAUAAAUUUGGCAAAAAUAGAAAGUCUGGAAGUUCAGAUAGAUUGAAUAGACAGAAAGGUGCAACCAGUGAUGAUUGGGCUGGAGAUGUUGAAAAGGCUAUUAGGGCAGCACUCGAAGAAGAUAGAGGAAAGAAUCAUGAUAAUAAAUCUAGAAAUAAAAGCAAUAAAAAUAAAAAUAGGAAAAGAAAUCAUGAAGAUAAAGAUGAUGAACGUUCUAAAGACCAAAAGAAAAAAAAAUUAAGCGAUGAAGAGAAUGCAAAUGAAGAUGACGAUGAAAUGUUAUUUGUUCGUGGUGCCUCUCCUAUUAGAAAGGGCUCCCAUGAAAAUUCUUCUCCUAGAGGUGAUCAUGAUAAUUACAACGGCGGUUCAGAUUAUGAUGAUCGACCUGUUUCUAAUCGUCAUAGAGAAGACAACAAACGAGGUGGCGGCAGAUGGACGCAAGCGAAGCAACAGCAAGACCGAAAUAAAAAACUUUCCGUCACAGCUGGGCGCAGGGGUGCUAAGAAUGAUCGAGGUGGAAAAAACAAGAAUAGAUCCCAGAUUCGAAAUGACCGAAACAGUCGUCGUAAUCAAAAUAAUGAUCAUAAUCAGGAUCCAGAUGCAAUAUGCGUAUAUUACAUGCAGGGUAAGUGUCAUCGCGGCGAUGAUUGUCCAUUUUCACACAAUGCACUACCACCAAGAAAGAUGGAGUUGUGCAAGUUUUACCUAAUGGAUUGUUGUGCUAAAAGGGAUAAGUGUUUGUACAUGCAUCACGAUUUUCCUUGUAAAUUCUUCCACACCGGAUUAAAAUGUAAUGCUGGUGAAAACUGCAAAUUUUCACAUCAAUCUAUGAGUGAGCAGGUGAAAAAUAUUUUAUUAAAACAUUUAGAAACAGCUCCAAAGGAAAUAUUAGGAAAUUUUCCACGAUUAAGUAGAGAAGGUGCAAUGUAUUUAAUAAAUAAUACAGAGAAAAAUUUAGCUCAAGGACAAGAUGCAUCAAAUCAAAAAAUUCCGAGUCUUUUUGAACUAAAGGUUCCAACUCCAAAUGAUAAUGUACCUAAUGAGUCUGGAAAAGACGAUGGUGAUGACCAAACAUCGAAUCGGGAAAGGAGCACGUCGUCGCACAGAAAAUCGUUGUCUGGAAAAAAAACGCGCUGGGGUUCAGACGAGGAUCGCGUUCCUUUUGAUAUGAUUGUACAAUCGGCUACUCAACUUGGUUUACAAUUAGGCAAUAAUCAAGACAAUACUCGAAUAGGAGGUGCGGUAUCCGUGAACUUUUAUGGUGAGGGCGGCCCUAAUGAUCCUAUUAAAAAAGAAAGAGAGACAAAAGAAGAAUCACAUAAAGCAAAGGAUAGCCCAAUAAAUGCCGUGGAAGCUGUUGCAAAAGAUAUAGAUUUGAGACAAUUGUUGGCAGGAGCAACAAAUGCCAAAGUGUCGCAUGUAGUUAGUCUUGCAGAGGAAGCAGCAACUCUUACCAAGUCGAAGCUCGAUGAUGAAAGUGAUCGUGAAGAAGAGACGAAUCUCGUCAUUGAAAUGCCAACUGACGAUGAAGAUAAGGAUAAGCUCACGGGCAAAUUACAAGAAAUACAAGAUAUCUCAGAUAAUUCGCUAGACAAGCCGAAAAAUUCACCAACAUUAGCCACCCAAGAUAUUCCUGCAAAUUUACCAAAAAAGACACAAGAGCUGUACAUGCGAAUACAGCAGCAACAGCGAGAAGCGCAAGAUAGUUUUAAAAAUUUGGAAAACAGUGAAGAUCAGGAAAUCAGUCAAGAAGACUGGUAUUCGGAUGAUGAUAAUGACGAUGACGACGACGACUAUCAACUAACAAUCGUGCUUAAAGAUAUUCAAAAGGAUGAAGAAGAAGAGGAGGAAGAAAGUAAGGAACAAAAAGAAGACUCUAUUAUACAGCCGUCAAGUAUACCUCAGCCCGCGGCUAUUGUAGACAAGCUUGGUGACUUGAGUAAAAUUGACAUAAGCAUGGAAGUAUCAAAACUAUUAUCUUCGAUCAAGGCGCAAAGCUCGUCGAAUAAUCUCAAACAGGAUAAAGAGUCUGGACCAAAAAGUAGAAAAGAAGCUAAUACAGAUAGCACCAAGUCUAUUGCGUCAGAUAAUUCACAAUCGGAGUCUAGUAACAAUAGUCCAAGAUUAUCGCCCAGUAGGACAUCUAGUACGGCAGUUUCAAGCCAAUCCGGUAAUGUAUCCAGAGACCCGCGAAUGAGUCGCGACCCUCGUCAGCGAAGGGAUGAGCAGAGGCAGUCUGUUGGCAGUGCUGCUAACUCCAGUCAAUCCACUGGUAAACAAACCGAGAGUAAGGAGUCGCGAUCCAUAAGGCUAGAGACGAGCAUUUACAGCUCGGGCAUUAUAGCCCAAGAUGCAGCAAUGGAUACAGAUCUUCGUGCAAAGUUAGAUCAGGAUCACAGGCGAAAAGAUAUGGAUCUAAGGUGUUUUCCACCCGGUCCGAGUUUUGGUGAUACGGAUCUGCGGCUAGUCGGCGGACACUAUCCAGUUGAUGCUUCAAAGUCAGGAGACGUGGAUCUCAGACAAAUGCUCACUUUGCCAUUUAAGCCUGUGCCAUCACACGUACCUUGUACAGAAAUCGAUGCAAGCAUAACUUCUCAUCCGCCCAUAUCCUACAAGGUGUAUGUGGUGGAUGUACCUCGGCCUGACUACACAGGUCUUAAACUGACGAGGAACGAUCCUCAAGUAAAAUACGAUCCGAGAUUACGUAAAAUCUUUCGACUGGGCAAAGAUGAUCUAGCAGAUUCGCCAAUGUCACCACCGCCAAUAAAAAUAUUAGACACGCCCAAAUCGCCACCGCUUGUUCGCACUGAUCCACGACGAAAAGCUCUAGAGGCUUCGGUUCAUCCAGCUCCAAAAAUUAUACCUACAACUAUGCAACAACAUCCCGUACAAGAUCACUCCAAUAUUUCUGGUAUGUCUAUGAACUUGGGACCUCCUUAUAUGCAAAGCCCGAAUAGCAUGUCAGUUCAGGUGAUGCAAGGCAUGGGACCUCCACCUAUGAUGAUGCCAGGCAAUCCGAUGAUGGGUGGUAUAGGUCCAAUGAUCCGCGAUGGUUCGGCAAUGAGCAAUAACGGUGGACCAAUGGCUCCUCCGCCAAACAUGAGGAUGAGCGGUAUGGGACCCCCAGGGCCCAAUAAUCACCAGCAACAACAGCAUCCAGGGCCUCCUCAAAACCAAAUGAAUCAAUAUGAUCCUCGCUACAAUGCCCAGAGGAAUAGCGGUGUAGGACUCUUGGGUGCUGGACCUCAACAGAUGGGUGGAUAUAAUCAAGAUGUAAGAUCUCAAUAUGAUGGACCACCAGGCAGAUAUCCAUCGGAUAGUUUCACGAAUUAUGGAAAUGCUCCGAACCCAGAUCGGGGCUUUAAUUCUGUUAAUCAAGUUGAUGAGUCAAAUUUUGGAGGAAACUCUGAAUGGAAUGGAAAUCAGGGUAGAGUUAACAGGAAAGAUAGAAGACGAACAACCAGAGGAAAAUUUGGUGGACUGCCCCGGAAAAAAGAUACGUCCUCAUAAAAAUUAGAAAGAAAGACGUGACUAUUUUUCAAUGUCCAUGUAUAUGUACAUCUUGUAUAUUUGUAUAGGAUUGCGUUCCUGUAAGCAAAGCAAAAUACUUUUACUCAAAUAUGAGAGUCAAUGGUGAGCAAAACAUUGUGGUUUGCAUUUGUACAUAAUGCACAGUUUAAGAAGCCACAUUUAUCAAUUCGUGCUAUAUAAAAUUUUGUUAUAUAUCUUAGUUGUAUGAACAAAUCAAGAACUAUACUAUCACAUUUUAUUAUUCUCGUAAAUCUUACGACAUAGGAUGAAUAUAUAAAAUGUUUUUACUGUGGGAAACCAAGCAUUUGAGAGCUUCUUAUAUACAGUAAUGGAAAAGCAAUUUAAUGUUUAAAGAACAUUAUGUAUAGAGCGCAGAUAUGAUUGCAUAAUUUAAAUGAGUAUUUAUUGUACAUAUUGAAAAAAAUUGAAAGUUCUAUGAGAUUGUAAGUGUUUAUUAUCGAGAACUUAUGACGGUUCUGAUAAAACACAUUUAGUACAUGAAGCUCCCUAAAUAAAGGUUUUUUUUCUAUAUGACUGAAGUUUAUUUUU